AUGGAGAAUCUCCCGUUUUAUCUUUUCCUUUUGCUUAUUAUUACCAUCAAUAUUGAUGUAUCUAUUGCCAAGGAGUCGCCAAAGCAUAAUGAUCAUCUUGAUCAUCAACACCAUGGCUCCGUGAGGAAGCUUUUUGUAUUUGGGGACUCGUAUGCUGACACUGGGAAUAGCAAGAAAGCCUCUGCUGUGUCAUGGAAGGCACCCUACGGGAUCACUUUUCCUGGAAAACCGGGCGGCCGAUUCUCCGAUGGUCGUGUCCUCACCGAUUACUUAGCUUCCUUUCUGGGCAUUCAAUCUCCAGUCCCGUACAUAUGGAGAAAGUCUAUAAAAAAGGCAAAACUGAAGGACGGCAUGAACUUUGCAUUUGGAGGGACUGGUGUGUUUAAUACAAUGGAGAAAGAACCCAACAUGUCGACUCAAAUCGAUUUCUUUCAACAGCUAAUUGAACAAAAAUUCUAUACAAAACGCGACCUUAAAUCGUCGAUUGCUCUCGUCUCCGUCGCCGGCAACGACUAUGCUGCAUACAUCUACAAGGAAGGAGUUAACAAUAACAUGGAGGAUUUGGCGAAUGUGACCAUGUCAAUUGUUAACCAACUUGUUGUGAACCUGAAGCGCAUUCACAACUUGGGAGUGCCAAAAAUAGCAGUUACAGCAUUACAACCUCUGGGAUGUCUUCCUCCAUUCACAUCCCCUACUUCGUACCGAAAUUGCAGUAAAAUUUGGAACUCGGUCUCGGAUUCUCAUAACGAAAUAUUGAAGCAAAUUCUGCAAAAUAGUAGCAAUCAGAGCGAGAAGAACGUGGUUCUUGUUCUUGAUCUCCAUAAAACCUUCAUGUAUGCAUUUAAGAUGAAGCAUGAAAACGUAACAGGAAAUUUAACGUUAGGUAUUGAUAAUCCAUUGAAGCCAUGCUGUGUUGGUAUAAGCAAUGGACACUCAUGUGGGAGUGUUGACGGAAGUGGGUCAAAGAAAUAUACCGUAUGCAAUAAUCCCAACUCAUCUUUCUUCUGGGACGUAAUUCACCCUUCACAAAAUGGCUGGCGAGUAGUUUUCUCAGCACUGCGAUCUUCUCUAUACAAAUUUGUUUAA